AUGGUUACAUCGUGUGGAGCAAAUAGACGCAUAGGCCAAGAUAAGUGGUGGUCUGGAAAACGGGUUGAUGUAUACGUCGUAUACGUCGCGACCAGCAAGUGCUGCAAAAAGUACCUGGAGCUAAAGUUUGGUGUGUUAAAGAAGCCAUGCCGGCAAAGAUGGGGAUUGGGGAUUGUUAUUUCAGUUGUUCUUCUGCCCGCCAAGGUGAUACCAAUGGACCGUACACGGCCCAAAGUCGGCAACUCAGUAAAUCUGGGGAUUGCGAGAGAACUAUCAGCUCUUAGCCGAAAACUCAAAAGCUGCGAGUCUACGGCCCGAAAGUUUAUUGGCCAAAAAUAUCCGAAGUUCUUCAACAUGAAAUAUACAUUCAAAUUAUCGAGACCCCCAUUUAUGAAGCUACGAGUCAUAGACAGGAGGCUCGAGGGUGCUGAAGAAUGGGGUCAUCUGUCAGCCAAAACUUUUGAACUCAACCUGCACUCGAGUGGAGAAAGUGAGGACGCGUUCAAUUUGAAAGGAAAGUGCGGACAAUCUAAUCCCAAAGUUCACACUGCAGUUGAGCCACUGCCCAGGAUUCCUAACUCACUGAAUAUCAACUACUCGGUGGAGCAAAAGGUUAUCAAGAAAUCAUUUUAUCUUGACUCGAUCACAGUUUGUGGCGAGCAUUACAUUGGGUUACAUUCGGGUUUUUCCAAUGGAGCAAAGUUAAUUGAGAAAUUGCUCGGAGAACUCCCAUAG